AUGGUUGUCGGCACUUCAGGUACCGGCCGUACUACUUUUGUCAACACUCUAUGUGGUAGUGAAGUUUUAUCCAAAAAAUUAUGCGAUAACCCGGAUACUGCACAUACAGAAGAAGGCAUCCGCAUCAAACCUGUCACAUUGGAAGAGGAUGGAGUUAGAAUUGCCUUAACAAUUGUAGAUACUCCCGGAUUUGGAGACAAUAUUGACAAUGAAUUUUGUUUUCAAGAAAUUAUGGGAUAUCUUGAAAGGCAAUAUGAUGAUAUCUUGGCUGAGGAAUCACGGAUUAAACGUAAUCCAAGAUUCAGAGACAAUCGGGUUCACGCCCUUCUUUACUUCAUUACCCCAACAGGUCAUUCCCUUCGUGAGAUUGAUAUUGAAUUGAUGAAGCGACUUAGUCCACGUGUCAAUGUGAUUCCUGUCAUUGGAAAGGCUGAUACCUGUACACCGACAGAAUUGAUUCAAUUCAAAAAGAGAAUAAUGGAGGAUAUCGAUCAUUAUAAUAUCCCAAUUUAUAAUUUCCCAUUUGAUGUAGAAGAAGACGACGAAGAAACUGUUGAAGAAAAUAGUGAAUUACGAGCGCUUUUACCUUUUGCCAUCAUUGGAAGUGAGGAGGAAAUUAUGGUAAACGGAAGGGCUGUACGCGGUCGCCAGUACCCGUGGGGUGUCGUUGAAGACUUGAAAGAGAUUACUCAUGACUUUUUAUAUGAAAACUACCGUACUGAGAAACUUAGCAGAAGUGCUGAUGUCCCUGUCGAGGAUUCUAAUAUCUUACCAGAUGAUCUUGCUACGCAAAGUGUACGUUUGAAGGAAGAACAAUUGAAACGUGAAGAAGAGAAGCUGAGAGAAAUUGAAUUGAAAGUACAACGUGAAAUUACUGAAAAGAGACAAGAACUUUUGGCCAAAGAAGAAGCCUUAAGAAAUUUGGAAGCGCGAACUUCCACUAAUGAAUCGUGUUUAACUCCUACUAUUGACUCAAUCGAAUCUGUCAAAACGACAUCACAUUCUGAAUCAAAGAGGAUACUAUUUCUGGUUAUUCAUGACCCACUCUCAUGA